AUGAGUGGAAGAACUAUUAAGAAAGUAUUAAUAACCUUUGAUUUGAAUAAAACACUCUUGUAUGCUUACAAGAAAUCUAAAGUGUAGCAUUUCAAUGAUUUGCGUUUGUUAGAAAAUAUUUAGCCAAGCGAUUAAGUUGAAGGAUAUAAUUUAUAUUUUAGAAAUGGCAGACCUGAAUUAUUGAAUUAUUUAUUUAUGGAAAACUCAGAUUUAUAUUAAGUUGGAGUCUGGAGUUCUUUAGAUGCUGAUUUUACAGGUCAUUUUGCUAAAAGUUUCUUUGGCAGAUAUUAUAGAAAUUUAGCAUUUGUUAUUGCAACAAAUAGGGUAGAAUACGAAGGUAAUUUAAAAUAGGUUUCAGUAGAGCCUCUUUAAAUUAAGCGUAAUUUCCAUUAAAUUCAGGAUAAAUUCCCUGGUUUUGAACAUAAUAAUAUCAUGAUGGUCAGUAAUUAUAAAAAUCUUGUAGAUGAAUAUACUUCUAAUGAUAUCAUCUUAAAUAAAUUUGAUCCAUUAAUUAUUGGUAAUUCAUUUACAGUUGAUUUUAGCUUGUAGGCUCUUGUAAAAUAUUUAAGAGGUAUGAGAGUAUUUGUCACCAAAAAAAAUAUAGAAGAUAUCAGACCUAUGAUGCAAGCCAAACACUUUAGCACAAUGAUUGGGCGUGUAAACAAUACUGCUACUAAUUACACAGAAUAUAGGUGA